AUGGGAACGUCUAUAACUACUAUUGUCACACAGAGUACAUUUGGAGAUGAUGCUACUAUUGUGGGCAGUGUCACCAAUAAUCUGAGUAGUGAUCUGCUUCCCACCGCAGGCGAUGCCACCUACGACUCCUACGGGGAGCAGCAUAACCCGACAUGCCUCACCAACACGAGAACUCAGCUCCUCCAUCAGAUCCAACAAUGGGUCAAAUCGCCGACAAGUGAGUCCAUCUUUUGGCUCAACGGGAUGGCGGGGACGGGGAAAUCGACUAUUGCCCGCACAAUGGCGAAAUGGCUGCGCGAGACGGAAGUCCGCAAUACGGGAGACGGCAGUACUAGACUCAGUGCCAGCUUUUUCUUCAAGGAGGGCAAUCGAAAUCGCGGACAUGCCCGAUUCUUUUUUACAACCAUCGCAUCACAGCUCGAAACAUUGGACGCCGAUCUAGGUAGUCUGAUCGCAUCAGCCAUUAGGGCAGACCCAGGCAUCAAGGACAAGGCGCUGAAAGUGCAGUUUAACAAGCUCAUUAAGCAGCCCCUGCGUGAUGCCCAAAAGCCCAUGAUUAUUACCAUCGUUGUCGAUGCCAUGGAUGAGUGCGAUGAGUGCAACGAUGCGAAGCUCAUCAUCGAUUUGUUGCCGCAGCUGAGCAAGAUCCCCUCCUUCACUAUUCGCGCAUUUCUUACAAGCCGGCCCGAGUUACCAAUUCGGCUUGGCUUCAAGGAUCUUACCUGCAAGUACCAUGAGAUCGGCCUCCAUGAAAUCUCACGCUUUCUUAUUGAGAAGGACCUGACGACGUUUUUCUCUCACGCGCUAGGAAGAAUCAGAGACGAACAGAAUAAGAUCUGUUGGCCUGGUGACAAACUUCAGCCAGAUUGGCCUGGACCAGAGAAGAUCCGACUCUUGGUCGGCAUGGCUAGUCCUCUGUUCAUCUUUGCCUCUACCAUUUGUCGCUUCAUUGGCUCCAAUGGUGGCUCUCCAGAGGAACAGCUCGACAAGAUACUGGCGUGCUAG